AACACCUCCUGCUUACUCACAUGGUGCAUGUGCUCACCCUGCUUCCUCUUCUGACACUUCACCUCCCACUGAGCAGCACAACAGCAGCAGCAGCCGCCUGUCUAUUGCUCGCUGUGAGUGAAGAGGAAGUAGGCUGUGUGAGUGCCACAGCAUGGGCAUGGCUUGAGGCUUGAAGGCAAUCAGCUUGAAAAGUUUCCCAGCUCUGUAAUACAGAAUUAAGGAGCUACAAAGCAAGAGUUCACCUAUACCCAGCAGUUGGUUAAAGCAAUCAUGAAGGACCGUCUUAAUGAACUACUGGAAUAUGCAAAGCUCCACACCCAGUAUGUCCAGGGUGAAGAAGAGGAUGAAUUGCAAGGCUUUGGUGUAUUUGACACUGACCAUGCAUUGGAAAGCCUGUAUCAAGAUAUACAGCUCAUCCGGACUGAAAACCACUUAAUGAAAGUUGAUGUGAAGCGCUUGGGAAAGCAAACCACCCGCUUCCUCACUUCAAUGCGCCGCCUCAGCAGUAUCAAAAGAGAUUCCAACAGCAUCGCUAAAGACAUUAAGACAAGAGCUGAGGGCAUACACAAAAAACUCCAAAGCCUUAAAAAUUUAAGUGAGGAUGCAGAGAACAAAUCUGGAGAAAGUUCAGUCAUGGCACGUGUAUCAAAAUCUCAGUACAUGACCCUAACACUUGAGUUUCAGGAAGCCAUGCUUGAGUACAAUGAGGCUGAGAUGGUACAAAGGGAGAACUGCAAGAUCCGCAUCCAGCGCCAGCUAGAGAUCAUGGGAAAAGAUGUGUCUGGUAAUCAGAUAGAUGACAUGAUUGAGCAAGGCAAAUGGGAUGUCUUCUCGGAAAACCUUCUGUCUGAUGUUAAAGUUGCCCGUUCAGCUUUGAACGAGAUUGAAACACGCCAUAAGGAGCUUCUAAAGCUAGAAUCACGUAUUCGGGAGGUUCAUGACCUUUUUUUACAGAUGGCAAUCUUGGUGGAAGAACAAGCAGAGACUUUAAAUGUUGUUGAGCUUAAUAUGGAAAAAGUGAAAGAUUAUGUGGGAGAAGCAAAAACUCAAGUUAGACAAGCUGUAGAAUAUAAAAGAAAGCACCCUUGUCGCCGCAUGUGUUGUUGCUGCUUUCCUUGCUGCAACUGAUUCUUUUUCAAGUUCAUAUAUUUUAGUAGACUUCUCCUUUUGGAAAAAAAUGUUGAAAUUAACAAGCAGGGACAACUUGCGUGGUUAUUCAUUCCUGGUUUUUAAGGUCUCCCACAGCAGUAAGAGGUAUGUCCUCAUAAAAAAGUAGGUGCAUUGCAGUCUUAAGCUAAGGAACCCUGUAUCUUAUGCACGUAUUAGUAAACCCCUUAUUAUUUAAAUGAACACAGAACUUAUAAAUAUAUCAUAUCUGCUUGAAAUCAUCUUGUCUUGGACCUUGACUAUUAGAAAAUGAAAUAUUACAGUCAAUUUUCAGAGAGUUUGCAGAGUUGCCACUUCGAGCCAUAUGCAAACCUAAUGCUGUCUAUGUAUAGUAUGAGUCUAGACAACUCACACACAACCAGAGCACAUAUAUGUUUAGUCAGUAUUAUUGUAUAUGAUAGUAUGUAUAUGAUCAAGAAUAAACAUAUCAUAUCAUGCUUAUAAAAAUACUGUGUGGUUAUAUGUCAGAGUCUUAGAUAUCAGAUACAGGUUGUACAUUUUUCAGUUAUCUCAUGCAAUUGAGUUAAAUUGCCAAAUGUAAAGAUCAUGUUUAGAUAUGGAGGCUUUAAUUUAUCACUUAAUAUUGCACUGUGUACAUUUUAUUUUGUAAAAUACAGUUAUAGUCUGAUUGACUAUGUCUGUGUGAGGCAACAUUUAUAACAGAAUUUCUAUUUUCACCCAUUAAACUUCAGUAUAAAUAUGAGAAAGGCGUCUGUAGGUGUCCA